ACAGAUGCAGUUCUGUAAUGGAAGAUCUCUCUGAAGGUCAGCUGCUGGCACAUGGGUGACUGAGAUGAAAUACUAUGAUUUCCAGAGCGUUUGUGACAAAGACUGAAUUUCUGCAAAGAGUAAGCUGAAAAGCAGUCAGGAAAAGAUCAGGCUAUAAUGAACAGAAAACAGGAGAAACAUAAAGCUAAAUAGUGAUUUAGCAAAAUAAAAAGCCAGUAUAUUUCAAUGUUGGUUAGCCACAAAUCUUUUAUUCAUGCUGGAAUGGUUCUUCUUAGGGGUAUUUAGCACAUUUUUAUAGGUCAGGUUUUGAAAUGAAAAGUGGCUUGGCCUUGAAAAGUGACAAAACUUUAACUUCCCAACAGCGUUUUUUUGGAACAGGACCACAGCUCCUCAUGUGGCCCUUGAGAAUGGCCAUGAAAACUCUACAAUCCCUUCUUUAUACCCAACAGGUCUGUGGGGCACUACGCUGACUGAGAACACAGCUGAAAACAGGGAGCUCUACAUGAAGACCACCCUGCGAGAGCUGCUGGUCUACAUUAUGUUCUUGGUGGACAUCUGUCUAUUGACAUACGGAAUGACAAGUUCCAAUGCCUAUUACUACACCAAAGUGAUGUCUGAGCUCUUCCUGCAGACCUCUACAGAUGGCCGUGUCUCCUUCCAGUCCAUUGGCAGCAUGGCUGACUUCUGGGUGUAUGCACAAGGUCCCCUGCUGGAUAACCUUUACUGGACAAAGUGGUACAACAAUGAGUCCCUGGCAGUGCACAGCACCCAGUCAUACAUCUAUUAUGAGAACCUGCUGCUGGGCGUCCCACGCAUGAGACAACUGAAGGUGAAGAACAACUCCUGUCUGGUCCAUGAUGACUUCAAGGAGGAAAUCUCGGGCUGCUAUGAUGUAUACUCUAAAGACAAGGAGGAAAGGGUCUCCUUUGGGCUCAUCAAUGGAACGGCUUGGAGGUACCAUUCUGAGGAGGAGCUGGGUGGUUCAUCUCACUGGGGAAGACUAACCAGCUACAGUGGGGGAGGAUACUACAUAGACCUCAAGAUGACUAGAGAAGAGAGUGCUAAAGCCCUGCAAGUCUUGAAGGAGAAACUGUGGCUGGAUCGGGGAACACGGGUUGUCUUUAUUGAUUUCUCUGUGUAUAAUGCAAAUAUCAAUCUGUUCUGUGUUCUGAGGUUAGUGGUUGAGUUUCCAGCCACUGGUGGUGCGAUUCCCUCCUGGCAAAUCCGGACCGUGAAGCUUAUACGAUACGUCAGCGCAUGGGACUUCUUCAUUGUUGCCUGUGAAAUCGUAUUCUGUGUCUUUAUCUUCUACUAUGUGGUGGAAGAGGCUUUGGAGCUCCGUAUCCACAAGCUUCAGUACUUCACCAGCAUCUGGAACAUUCUGGAUUUGGUUGUCAUUCUGCUCUCCGUUGUUGCUAUUGGGUUUCACAUCUUUCGCACCACCGAGGUGAACAGGCUGCUGGGAGAGCUGCUCAAACACCCCAACACCUACGCAGACUUUGAAUUCCUGGCAUUCUGGCAGACACAGUACAACAACAUGAAUGCAGUCAACUUAUUUUUUGCCUGGAUCAAGAUAUUCAAGUACAUUAGCUUUAACAAAACAAUGACCCAGCUCUCCUCCACGCUGGCACGUUGUGCCAAGGACAUCCUGGGCUUUGCCAUUAUGUUCUUCAUUGUCUUCUUUGCCUAUGCCCAGCUGGGUUACCUUCUUUUCGGGACACAAGUGGAAAACUUCAGUACCUUUGUUAAAUGCAUUUUCACCCAGUUUCGGAUCAUUCUUGGUGAUUUUGACUACAAUUCCAUUGACAAUGCCAACAGGGUCCUUGGACCUAUUUACUUUGUCACCUAUGUGUUCUUUGUUUUCUUUGUGCUUCUGAACAUGUUUCUGGCCAUCAUCAAUGACACCUACUCAGAAGUCAAGGAGGAGCUUUCAAGCCAGAAGAAUGAGCUGCAGCUCUCUGACAUCUUGAAGCAGAGCUACAACCGGACACUCAUGAGGCUGAAGCUGAAGAAGGAGAGGAUUUCUGAUGUGCAGAAAGCCCUGCAGAAUGGAACAAAACAACUAGACUUUGAAGACUUCAAGAACAGCUUGAAGGAACUGGGCCAUGCAGACCAUGAGAUCACAGCAGCUUUCUCCAGAUUUGACAAAGAUGGCAACCACAUCCUUGAUGAAGAGGAGCAACAGCAGAUGAAGAGUGACCUAGAGGCAAAAAGGGUUGCUGUGAAUACAGAGAUUGAAAAUUUAGGGAAAUCCUAUGGUGACAACAACCUGGAUGAGAAACUGACCUACAUGGAAGCCAGGAAUAACCACACCAAUAAGGCCACAUGGGUCUCCAAAGAAGAGUUUCAAGUCCUCCUGCACCGUGUGCUGCAGCUGGAACAGUCCAUAAACAGCGUUGGCUCCAAGGCUGAUGCAGUGGUGAACAAGCUCGAUGUGCCAGAAAGAAAAGAGCUGAAGAGGAAGGAUCUGUUGGGCAAACCACUGGGUGAUGCUAGCAAGGAGGAAGAAGGCAGUCAGGAAGAGAUGUACCCCCAGAGCCUGGACGAGCUGGGGAAAGAAGAAGCAGAAAGUUGGGGGAUGGAACAUGUACAGAGAAACAACCUGAGUGGCAACUCUUUCCAAAAUGGGGUCUAUCACAUCUUGCCCAAGUCAAGUGUGCUGGGGUCUCAGGUGCCCAAGAACCUCUAGGCAGUCUGAUGU